GAAUAUCCUUUGGCGUGCAUUUCUAAAAUGGCUACUUCUUGACUCGCCUUCUUGGCGACCAUAGCUGCACUCGGAACAGCAUCCAUUCCCAAUCAUCAGCCCUUUCUUGCAGAAGGAAUAGGAUUCAGCUCCACCACUGGAAACCACCACCAAGAACAAGAUCUGAAGUAGGCAGGCAGGCAGGCUGGGGUCAACAGAGCUGAGCAGACAGGUCAGGUCAGGUCAGCUCUCGCAAGCAGCAAGCAGCAGCCAUGAGUACCAUGAAGUUUUGCCGUGAAUGCAACAACAUACUGUACCCCAAGGAGGACAGGGACCAGAAGGUGCUCCUCUAUGCCUGCAGGAACUGUGACCACCAGGAGGUUGCAGACAACAACUGCGUGUACCGGAACGUGGUGCACCACAGCGCCGGGGAGUUCACCCAGGUGCUCCAGGACGUCGCCGGCGACCCGACGCUGCCCCGCACCAAGUCUGUGCGCUGCGCCGUCUGUGGCCACGGCGAGGCCGUCUUCUUCCAGGCCACCGCGAGGGGGGAGGAAGGGAUGACGCUCUUCUUCGUCUGCUGCAACCCGAGCUGCGGCUACCGGUGGAGAGAGUGAGGUGUUGAUCAGCCAGGCAAAAGGAUCCCAUUGAUGCAAACAGUCAGAAGGACACGAUUUUUGAAAUUUUCAUCCAAGAGACCUGCCCAUAGUAGCAUGAACUGAUUGUAUGUUUGAAGCACAUUCAGGCAUAAGCCGUUUCAGUAACUUCAGAAGGGAGACAAUUAGGACCACUGGGGUAAAUUUCCCUGUGGUUCAUUUAACAAACAAAGGAUAUGAUGAUGAGGACAAUUUUCUUGGUU